AUGGGUGCGCAGCUCACGCGCUUAGGACACGUUGUGCCCGGACCCCUCUCGCUCGACCGUAUCCUAAACGCACAAGGCUCCCUCCCGAACAACGCUUGCGGUGUUGUCCCUGCAGCUGGCCAAUCCGAGCUACCCACGCGGUCUGCGACGGCGACCUCAUCACCAGCCCUCUCGAUCUCACCGCCACCUUCCCGUCGCAGUCCAAGACCGCCUCGUACUACGACGAUGGUGUUGACGGCACGUUCGCUCUGUCAGUGGCAGCCGCCUGCUGAAGCACUCGACACGUUCGCGCGCAGCUGGGCGUCGAGCGGCGGUACCGCGUAUGUGGGCAUGUACACCGUCGGCGCGUCGUACCCCAGUAACUCCGACGUCUCCAAGUGCACCGACUCGGGCUCUAUCUGCCACCAGGACGACAUCGAGAUCAUUUUUGGAACCGCACCUACCGACCAGCGCGCAUCCCUCCCCACGGGCAAAUUGACUUCAGGCUGGUACGCGACCCGGGACGCCACGGGAGGGCAGACAGUCAGCCCCUUGAGCUUGGCAGCUCUAGCACGUGCGCCGCCUGCGCCUGCGAUCCGAGUAAGUGGGGUGACGCCGUCCCACUUCCCUCUAUCAUGGCAGAGCUCGGGACUGGCCGAGCGUGCGAGGGUGGUCCCGGUGCUUGACCGAGCGCAACCCACAAGUCGAUCGUACGAGCGUCUGGCAUGGGACCACCCUUUCUUCUCGUCCAUUACUCCCCUCGCCGCAGCCGUCUCUCUGUCGAGAUUUCACCUCGCGGAGAUGAAGGCGGAGAGGCUGGAGCUGAAAUGA